GCGAGGGCGGGAAGGGCCGCGCCUGAGGAAGAGCAAGGAGCGUCGCGCGAGGCGACCCGAAGGGCCCGGAAGUGGUUCCUCCCCUUCUUCACCUUCGUGUUCACCUGCCUAACCCGAUGGAAGAGCCCUGGCCUUGAAGGUGCCCUCGGACUCAGCGGGCCUGUGAGAAGAAACAUGGAUUCCCUUGAAAACCUGACAGAGGAAGAGGAGCCCAGAGCGGCCCAAACCUUAAAGCGCUCGACCUGCGGGCCCACGGCCAAGGAGGUCCUGGCCAGCAAGGCCCAAAACUACUUGGUGAAGAUCAAGAGAAGGGACAGCGCCCUGACCCACGCGGCCUUCUCUGUGGGGCUGGGCAGCCUGUGGCGCUUCCCCCAGCUGUGUUACAGGAACGGAACGGGGAACUUCAUCCUGAUAUAUGUCUGCAUGGUGCUCUUGCUCGGGGUGCCCCUCUUGUACAUGGAGAUGCUUGUGGGGCACUGGCUGCGCGUGGACAGCAUCCGGAUCUGGAAACAGCUCGCCCCCUGGCUGGGCGGCAUAGGCUACGCUAGCUUGCUGGCCUGCAUCGUGGUGACCUUGUAUAACAGCGUCAUCAUCGCCUGGAGCCUCUCCUACCUGGUUAGCUCCUUUAAUCACCCCCUGCCCUGGGACCACUGCCCGGAGAUCAUGAAGACCUUCAACAGCUCAGACCUCUCUUGUCUACAGACCGUGCCCCACCAGCACUUCUGGUACACCACCAUCCUGCGCGCCUCGGGCCGCAUGGAGGAGAGCGCCGGCGUGCUGGUCCCGAGCCUGUCCCUGAGCCUGCUGGUGGCCUGGCUCCUCCUCCUCCUGAUCCUGGUCUCCGGGUUCAAGAUCUCCACAUCGAUGCUGUUUUUUUCCAUAUGCUUCCCCUGUGUCUUCCUCUUCUGCUUCUUUAUCCACGGCCUCUUCUUGGAAGGUGCUGGAGCAGGCCUCAGCCACCUGACCACCUUGGAGUUCUCUGCCUGGAAGUCCCUGGACCUGUGGCGGCAGGCAGGGGGCCAUGUGCUCUACUCCCUGGGCCUGGGCCUGGGCACCGUCAUCAACCUGUCGUCCUGUGAGGCUGGGGUUAGCAGCAGGGUCCAGGAAGCCGUUCUGGUGGCCCUGGUCAGCCUUAUCACCUCACUGCUGGCCACAUGUAUCAUCCUUACCACGCUGAGUUUCUGGGCCACGACCAGCGGCCCCAACUGCGUUAAGAAGAGCGUCCGGCAGCUGCUGGCGCUUGUCCGCAGCGGGAUGCUGCCCCCCGGGGCCACGCCCCCCGCCCACAUCCAGCUGCAGCACCCCCUGGACUACCUGGACUGGAUCAGAAGCCUCCCCCACAACCUGCAGCGGCAGAUUAUCGUGCGCUCCCCGCCCUGCAGCGUCAAGCAGCUGAGAGAAAAGUUCAUGGAGGGCCCUGGGCUGGCGCUCGUGGCCUUCUCCCAGGCCAUCUCCAUGUUCCCCGGGGCCCCCUUCUGGGCCAUCCUCUUCUUCCUCACCCUGGUCACCCUGGGGCUGAACACCCUGGUGGCCAUCUUGGAAGGCGUGGUCCGGCCCCUCCAGAGCGCCUUCGCCUCCUGCAGGCAGCACCCCAGGCUGCUCUCAGUGGUCGUCUGCCUGGGAGGCUUCCUGGGCAGCCUCGUCUUCGCCAGCAGGGCCGGCAGUUACAUCGUGGCCAUGUUGGAUGACCUCCUGGCCCCGCUGGCCCUCGCCGCCGUCGUGGCCUUACAGAACGUGACCCUGGCCUGGGUCUACCGGGCAAGCAGGUUCAGGCACGAGCAGUUCGGGGAGCUGGGGAGCCAGCUGUGGCCCCAACUCCAGUGCUUCUGGCGCUUCGUGACCCUGCCCGGGGCGCUGGCCCUGCUCGCCGCCUGCCUCCUGGCGCUCAGCGGGAAGGACGCGCCCCGCUACGCCGCCUGGAACAGCACCGCGGGCCGCGAGGGGCCGCUGCCCUACCCGGAGCCGGCGCUGGGCUGGGCCGCCGUCCUCGGCUUCCUCGCCGUCCUGCCCGUCCCGGCCCGCGCGCUGGGCCGCUGGUGGCGCCUGCAGGACCGCGAGGCCGCCGAGGGCCCCGAGCAGCCGCCGUCCAGGAAGAUGCCGCGGGCGCCCCCCAGGCCCCCGCAGUGGCCCAAGCACCCCGUGGCCCAGGCCGGCGUCAGGGCGCCCAGAAGCAGCAGGAAGCGCGCGGGCUCCUCCCCCGGGCCCGGCCGGGGCCAGGCCCGGGCGCCCCCCCAGGACGCGCCGUGGCGGACCAGCCUGUCGUCCUCGUGGCCCAGCCAGAGCUCCUGGUCCAGCCUGCCCUUCCCGGCCUCCCCCACCUCCCUGCUGUCCCUGCGCUCCUUCAGCCUGUCCUCCCGCGGCGCCAGCCCCGCCCGGCCGCCCGCCUCCCCCCAGGGCAGCCCGCCCCGGGGCUCCGCCGGGUCCCCGGGGGCCCCCAGCACCGCCCCGCCCCCCCGGGCGGCGUCCGCGCCCGCCUUGGAGUGGGAGUAA